UCCCAAUCAAGAGCUAAACACGCAGGUGGAACCACAGCGUCGUGAUUGUUCUUCCAGAGGAGACAGGAGACAGAGAGGAGACAGUCACUUCACACGGACAGCCGAUCAGUUGCCCCGGCCCGGUACCAGGCCCGACGGAUGCAGCGUCAGCCUCAGCAGCCCCGUCUCCCCGUCUCUGUACCUGUAACAAUGAACCAGCCCUGCUGUCAACUGAAGCGCUGAAGCUCUGAAGGCAAUGAAACAGCUCGGCUUCGUACACUAGAUCUUUUCACCCUGAGGAGGAUUUGCACCACAGCAGGGAAGUUUCUGUCAGCCUAAGCAGGAUACUUAUUUUACGUGUAAUCUUCUUUCAACCUGCUUUCCAUAUCUUUUUUUUUUUUUUUUUUACAAUAUAAACCUCUUCUUUUUUAUCAAAAGAUCAAAACAAAACAGUCACCAGAGGAGUGCUUCAACCCUGUCACUCCUCGCUGACAGACCUGAUCUUCAGUGAAAAUUGUCUAGGGGGCUCCAGUCACACAUGGGAGCUUCCCACGUUGGCGCUGAUUAAAAGGCGCCAACAUUCUCCAGCCCUCAGGAGAAGAGCUGCAAGGAAUCGUUCCUAUUCAGGAAACCCAGGCCUGCAUGCUGCUGGAAAAAGCAUUCGUAUUCCCAUUUUCCGUAAUGGUCACUCAUCAUGGAGCUGUGACUUCAAACAACCAGCACUCAACCUGAAGCCUGAUGCUCCCCUCUGAUCUGCUGGCUGACUCUGCACAUAGGAGAUCAUUAGGUCCAGGAUGGAGAGACACCAUGAACAGGCAAACACAUAGCAGCUCCGCUACUGAAAGAAUCCAAUCACAUUUGGAGCUUGUGUCCCAAUUCAUGGGCCGUCUCCUCCUGAGCCCGAUGAAGACCUAUUGCAUCGCAGCCGGCACGACUCGGGUGUCCCAUUUCGGGGGGCUCCUUCAAAUGCGGCCCAACAAACGCAUCCUCCCAACCCCGAGUAACGAAGGAUCUAAUGGGUGGAUCCUUCCCGGCCCACCCAAUCCCAGGAUUCAUUGCGCGCUGAUAUGUGACUGGAGGGUGACAGGAGCUGCGGGAGCAACUGAGCAGCAUUGAAAGCAGGAGGAGAAGACUUGUUAUCAUGAGCGGAGUGGCGUAAAGAGGAGCGUUUGUCUUGAGCCUCAGCUGGUGGAGCUCUGAUGGAAGGCAGUGCUGGCUCCGGUUGGGACUGGGGAUGCUGAACAGGGGGAGGGAGGGCCUGUUUGAGCUGGGACAGCGGCUCCAGCAGCAGGGGGAGUACCAGGCCGCCCUCCACUGCUUCCUCAGCUGCCUGUUGGGACUGACCCAUGUGCAGAGCUUCACCUCUCUGCCCAACUGCCUCCACCAGAUUGCAGAGCUCUUCAUCACUGAAAAGAAUUAUGGGAAGGCCCUCCAGUUCAUCCAGGCUGAAAAAAUGUUCUACGAAGUGGCACUGAUCGAGCUCACCGCUCUUCACGGGAGCACAGGGCCUCAGGAGGAGGCAACACUGGGCUCUGGGGGAUGGACGACCCCGGAGGAGCUUUCGGAGCAGGCCUCCCAGGCUCAGCACCUCGAACGGCUGGCUCAGCUCUGCAUCAUGAGCAAACAACCUCACCUUGCUCUAGAAUACAGCGGCAAGGCUACAAAGAUCCACCAGAGGGCCUUUGGUAAUGACCACCCGAUCACAGCCAGAAGCCUCGAGCUAAUGGCCACUGUCUAUGCUGAGAUUGGCAAGACUGAAUAUUCAGACUCCCUGGGUCAGUGUGUGUCUGCACUGUCCAAACGCUUAGCUGCUGCGGAAUCCAUCAGAGACUCAACCGUCAACUGUCUUCCUCAAUCCCACCGGGAGAAACACUCAGAGGUCCGCCACAGGAAGGACAUCCACCACCAACAGGAGGACACACCAAAAGCCAAGGUAACAAAUGGCAAAGUCCCCACCUCCAUUCUUAAGAGGCCGAGCCCAAACUACGGGUCAGACGCAGAACUGAACCACAGGAGGAAAGGCGAACGGAGGGUUCGAUUCCGAGAGCCAGAGACCACAGUACAUGAUAUCCCAUACUGUGACUGUUUAGGUGCCUACGAGACGACACCGUCCCGCCCCCACCUCGCCCUCUUCACUUGCCUCUUCCUGCUGAUGUCAUUCCUGGGUGUGGCCAUGUACUGCACAGACCGCCGGCGCCCACAGCGAGUGUGUGAGGAGCUGGAGGCCGCUUUGGCCGUCUACCUGCUGCACAUGAAACAGCUUCUGUGGGGUUGCUGGAUAUGGUUGACCAUGCAAUGACUGAGACUGACCACAGGUGGAGACAUGGAGCCUUCUUUCAUUUUUUUUCUUCUUCCUAUCUUUGAAGUUGCCCACUGGCCUACAAACACCUCAGCCAUUCGGCAGGGCUCUGUACACUGUCUGUGGUGCUGAUUCACUCUCGCAGUGAAAAAGGGAAAAUGUAUGAUCCCAGAAAUAUGUAGCUUCCAUGUCUUUAUGUACAUAUAUAUCAACGCGGCGGGCGCGCCGCUCCUUAUUUAAGUUGUGAUGACAUUUUGCACAUCUGCAAUGUUGAUACUCACAUAUAACACAUGUAAUCACAACAACCAUGUGAAUUUUCACUUCACACUCACAGUCUCUUGUAGUGGACGUGAGUGAAUGUCUCCAUGGAAUGCAAAUAUUUAUUUUGUUACCGUUACAUGAUUUGUGUAUAGCAAGAUAUUACACAGAACCGAAUGUGUAUAUAUGGCUCAAUAUCAAAAGGACUAUCACAGUAUUCAGCCUUGUAUUUGCACAGAAAUGAAUGUAGAGAUGUUAGGAAACACUUUCAUUGGCUCAGCCCACAUUUGAGAGGAGGAGGGUGGAAGCACAAAUGUCUGAACUGUUCGAUAAUGAACCCGUGAGCAAGAAAACACAGGGCUGCAUCUCUUUACAGGUUGAAUGACUUACAUUAAGAACACCUCUUUCUUUAUAGGCUUUGUAUUGUCUGUUUGUCUGACUGUCGCCUGAUUUGUAGUUCCACUGAGAAGAAUAUCUGCACCUGCAAUAUUAUCUAUCAUGGAAGAGGAUAUACUCAAACAGAAUGAAUGCUAAUGCAUUUGACCCAUGCUUCUCUUUGUAACUGCUUGAAUCCCACAAAGUAUCCUUUAUCCUAAAUGUUAUUUAUUCUUCUAUACUCAACGUCCGCAUCUACGCAAAUAUCCUACAUUCGAUUAUUUAAAUUUUUUUAACUUUUGUUACGUUGCAUUUCUAUUUAUUUUUUUUAAAUUCAAACAGAAUUCAGGUUUUGGUGAUGAUAUCAACUGCACAUCAAGCUAUUGACAACUGUAUGGGUAGAUGUAGGCUCAAGGAACAUUUGCAAAAAAAAAACAGGGAUUCACUCCUUAUAUGUUUUUGAGGCCAAACAGAAACAUAACAGCAUCAGAUUCUGACUGAUAUUGUUCCGAGUCCCUUUAUCAAAUAAAGCAAUUCAAAUUCAAACAGCCAGAUCACCACACAAGUGGCUCAAAGGCCACAGUGAUACACAUCUCUCAUCAUGAGCAAUAACACACAUCACAUAGUUUCCGGUCAAACAUUGUUCUUUAUACAUAUAUCUUUGUAACAGGUUUCAGGGAACUCAGAGGAAAAGUGUUGGAUUUCAGAUAUCUCACAUGUGAAAGUCAAAGCAAUAUGAGGCUAAUGACGCCUGUAGAGAAGAAAGAAAUACUCUCAACUCUGUACUGUCAAACCAAACUGUCAUUAGCAAUAAACAAUACCCAGUGAACUCAUGUCCUGUUGCUGCACAUUUAGCUUAGAGGCCUCGUUUCACGGCUGUCCAAACAUUUAUGGUCACUUUGAAAGAAGUGCCUUGAUGGAGGGUUUUUCUUCGUUCCUGCCAUUUUUAUGGUUUCGAUUGUUUUGAAUAAAACUGUCAUUGCCUAUCAAA